GAGACACUCACCUCGGGGCACGCCGGUGGAUCAAAACAAACGCAACAUCGUUGACAAUCGAUUACCGUUACUACGUGCGCGAUAUGAUUGUUGGUACUGUAGCUAGCUAAUUGUUGCAGCUACAUAGCCUUGCCAUGAGCCAAGCAUAUUUAGCUAUAUAGCUAGUAAUACUGUAUAACGUGAUUUAACUUCAGUUAUUCAUCAAUGAAACCGUUGGACUCAGAUGAGGUUGAAGCGGAACAGCUGAGUGCUUACCAAAAGGAGCUAAGACAACGGGCCAACCAGAGCAUACAGCAACUGAGCAGUGCUCUGGAGCAGCAGAGCUCUGAUGAAGAAAAGGUGGAGGAGCCCAGAGGCAGUGGUGGCAGCCUCUUCACCGCCCUGGUUGAAGAGGACAAUGCUGCAUGGAGUCAAAAGACACAGAGUGAAGCAGUUAAUCAGCUGAAGAGCCUUCUACUAAAACAGUGCAGAGAAAUUCCUUCUCCUCUCUCUCCUUCAAAGAAACAGUCUCCAGUCAAGAGAGUACAGCAGGAGGAAAGGUCCAACUUGCCUGCCUAUCAAGAUUUGGUCCCAAUGAUUCACAACCAGUCAGAGUACAUUCAACACCUGGAAGCUGAGGUCAAAUUAUGCAAGGAGGAGCUGCAGGGGAUGAAACAGCAGAUCAGAGUGGUGGUGGUGGAGAAUGAGAAGCUGCAUUCAGACCUCAAAUCCAAAGCUGUAGAUGAAUCUCAGAAAGACUACACAUUCCGAAACUCCACGGUGAAUGAGAGUAUGGCAGCCAACAGCCACAGCAUGCUGCAGAGAGCAGAACACACCACAUGGAAAAAUGAACUGGAACAAUUGAAAGGAAUCUACCAGACCCAGAUUCAAAGCUUGGAAGCUCAGGUCCUCUCUCUCAGGAAAGAUCUGUCUGUCAGUCAGAAGGAAUGUGAGGAGGUGAAGGUUCGUCUGAGACACCGGGAGAAACAGGCUGCAGAUGCACUGAGGGCUGAGGGAGCUCCCCGUGUGGCAGGAUUGUGUCUGAAGUGUGCACAGCACGAAGCUGUGUUGGCGGGGACUCACACAAAUCUCCAUGUCCAGGCUAUUGACAGGCUCACAAAGGAGCGUGAUGAGUUACUAGUGGCUCUGCGUGCUGUGCGGGCUAGUCAGCAGGAGGCACAACAGAGGGAGUGGUCAGCUUGUCUCCAAGUCAAACAGGCUGUGGAGAUGGCGGAAGAAGCAAAUCUGGACAAAGCUAGGGUGGAGGUGCAGUGUGAGCAGUUGUCCAGGGAACUGGCUCGACAGAGGGAGCAACUAGAACGAGAAGCACAGGGCUCACAGGAGAGACUGUCUGAGGCCAGAGAGGAGGGCCGGGCUGAGGCCCGCAAACAGAGAGAGGAGCUGGCACAUACAGUGUCCAGCCUCUCCCAGCAUGUUGCUGAGUUGGAAGGACAGCUAGACAGAACUCACAGAGACAAGAGCUCACUGACCAAUCAACUGGAAGAUGCUCUUUGCAAACUUGCCAGUCAGGAACAAGACAAUACCAAGGUGUGUUUGGAUCUGCGACAUCAACUUAGUCAGGCCCAACUGAAGAAAGAGGAGGCAGAGAGAGAGCUCCGGGAGCUCAACACCAAGACCAGCAGACAGAGGGAAAAGGCAGCACAGGAAGUGGAAAGGCUGAGCUCAGAGCUGGUUGGCUGUCGGCAGCAUUUGGAGGCGGUCCAAAAGGACGGGAGCCAAUGGCAGGCCGAAGCCCUGAGCCUAGCAGAACAGCUGGCAAAUGCCCAGCGCCAACUGCACCUCACCAGACAGGACAGAGAGAGUUCAGAACGGGCUCAUGAGGAGGAAAUGGCGUCUGCAACCCUUUCAGCACGGGAAAGAGAGAGAGAGCUGGCUGUGCUGCUGGAGCAAACAGAGGCUCAACACCUGCAGAGAGUUGGUGAAUUGGACGGUCUGCUGAGUUCCCAGAAUUCCCUGAUCAGGAAGCUCAAGGAGGAGUGCUGCAUGCUGGGAGUCAAACUGGAGGAGCUGACAGAAAACAGCAGAGGAGAGCUGGAGCAGCUGGCCCUGGAGAAGCAGCACCUAGAAGAGACAGUAAAGAGUCUGAGAGCUCGCUGCUCGGACAUGGAGGAACAGUGUGUCCAACACGGCCGCAUGCACCAGCGCAUGAAAGACAGGCUGCAACAGUUGGACCGUCACUGUCAGAGCAGCGCCCAGCAGGUGUGUGAGCUGCUGGCCAAACAGAACCAGCUGAUGCAGGAGAGAAACACACUCACUGAGGAGAUGCAGAACCUACACAUAGAGAGACGAGUCAAUACUCUGUCCACGUGAGUCUGUUCUCCCUGUUUGGAACUGGAUCUGAAGUCAGAAAUUUCCUGUUGACAAGAACAUACCACAGAGUUAUUUUAGUUGUUUGUUUUUUUUACCCAGGAAGGCAUUUGUGUUCCUCAUUCUUUUUGUAUUAAGGUGCACUGUUUAUACUUAAUGUUUACAAAUGUUUUCUGAUCAGAACUGAAAAUCAGGUUUCCAUUUUAUAUUUUGCAAUACACUGUUACUGUGAUAUGUUAAACUGGAUGUGUGUGUUUUUUUUUUUAACCUCAUUCAUUAAUUUAUUUUUUACAGAUUUAAUAAACGACCGCUGAGCUUUAGGGACAUGCUAAAUGAUUUUUUUUUUCUCCAUUUUUAACAUUUUAACUGAGAUGAAAGUUCAGAGGAUCAAUAGUAUUUUCAGCGACAAAUCAAAUAAGUCAACACUACCGUAGCAGAUUGACAUAGUUCUUUAUUGAAGCUGUCUGUAAGAAGGAAAAUAAUGUGCAUCCCUAUCAUAUACAUUUUAUGUGUAAAAAUACUAAGGAUGUACAGUGUAAAAAAACAGCUUCAUGUUGAUGGUAAUAUGUUGUUUUCACAUCCUCGCGGCCUUACCGGCCAGCAGCACUGCAUCCUGACAGCUUGAGGGACAGAAAAAGGCUGUUUGAUCGAUCUGCUGUGUUUCCUGACACCGUCUCAGAAUCACAUCACCUCUGCUCCGUCGACACGUCAGAGAGCCGAGCUGACUUACAGUGCUUCAGAGAAACAUGGCCCACUCUGAGAACAUCUGGCAGCUGUCCACAGAUGUCUCACACAGCUGUAAAGCUACAGUAGAUGGACAUGGACAUGAAAUUAAAACUCAAUUACACUU